AUGAACUUCGCAGUGGGUUUCAAGCCACUGCUGGGGGAUGCACACAGCAUGGAUAACCUGGAAAAGCAACUCAUCUGCCCCAUCUGCCUGGAGAUGUUCUCCAAGCCGGUGGUGAUCCUGCCCUGCCAACACAACCUAUGCCGCAAGUGUGCCAAUGACGUCUUCCAGGCCUCAAAUCCUCUGUGGCAAUCCCGGGGCUCAACCACAGUGUCCUCAGGGGGGCGGUUUCGCUGCCCAUCCUGUAGGCACGAGGUCGUUCUGGACAGACAUGGUGUCUAUGGACUGCAGCGCAACCUGCUGGUGGAGAACAUCAUUGACAUUUAUAAGCAGGAGUCUUCACGGCCUCUGCACUCUAAGGCAGAGCAGCACCUAAUGUGUGAGGAGCAUGAGGAGGAGAAGAUUAAUAUCUAUUGCCUGAGCUGCGAGGUGCCCACCUGCUCCCUCUGUAAGGUGUUUGGAGCUCACAAGGACUGUGAGGUGGCACCACUGCCCAACAUCUACAAACGCCAGAAGAGUGAGCUGAGCGAUGGUAUUGCCAUGCUGGUGGCUGGAAAUGACCGGGUCCAGGCAGUCAUUACUCAGAUGGAAGAAGUGUGCCAGACCAUUGAAGACAACAGUCGAAGGCAGAAGCAACUACUGGGACAGAGGUUUGAGACAUUGUGUGCAGUGCUGGAAGAGAGGAAAGCAGAACUGCUUCAGACCCUGGCCCGGGAGCAGGAGGAGAAACUUCAGCGGGUUCGAGGGCUUAUCCGUCAAUAUGGAGACCACUUAGAGGCCUCAUCCAAGCUUGUGGAGUCUGCCAUUCAGUCCAUGGAGGAGCCACAGAUGGCUCUCUACCUCCAGCAGGCCAAGGAGCUGAUUAAAAAGGUUGGGGACAUGGCAAAGGUGGAGUUGGCUGGGCGGCCAGAACCAGGCUAUGAAAGCAUGGAACAGUUCUCAGUGAGUGUGGAACAUGUGGCUGAGAUGCUCCGGACAAUCGACUUCCAGACUGGGGGUUCUGGGGAGGAAGAAGAAGAGGAGUUGGUGCUGGAAGGGGAGGAUGGCGGUGCCGGGGCUGAGGAAGAGAAACUGGAGCCUUCCGAGGGUCUGCACUGAUUUCGCCUUAAGAAAACCUUCUAGGUUCCUGCAGGCACUAAAAAUAACUCAGAAGACGCAGGGAGAGAAC